AUGCAGCAGUCCCAGCUGCAGAGCUUUAGUGACCCUGCCCCCGGCCCGCCCCACGCCGCGCACGGGGGCCGCGGGCGCGCAGCGCGGCGCCGCCCGGCCCCCCCUGAGGCGGCAGCGGCGGCGGGAGCGGGAGCGCCAGCGACCCCGGCGGCGGCGGCGGCGGCGGGGGAGGCGGGCGCCGGGCGCCGCCCGCCCCGCAGCCCGCCGGCCCCGCAGCCCGCCGCGCCGCGCCGCCGGCCCCAAAUGGAUUAUCUGCGGCUGGUGCUGUCCUGCCUCGUCCCCCUGCACGGCUGCCUGGCCGCCGGCAGCGCCCCAGAGCUCCUCCUGUCCGGUAAACUCAGCGAGUAUGGUGUGAUCGUCCCAUUCAGCGCGGAUUGCCGGGGCCGCUUCCUCUCGCACGUGGUGUCCGGCGAUGCGGCGGCGGGGAUCGGCGAAGCCGCCUGUGCCCCAGCCCCACGCCCGUCCCGCCGCCGUGUCCCCCGCAGUCCCCUGGAUGAGCUCCCCCAGCGCCGCGGGGCCGGUGGCCGCUUGCUGUACUUCAACGUCACGGUUUUUGGGAAGGAGCUGCACCUCCGGCUGAGGCCCAACCGGCGGCUGGUGCUGCAGGGCGCCGUGGCUGAAUGGCAGGAGGAUUUUGAGGUGCUUUUCCGGGAACCCCUCCAGCAGCGGUGCCUUUUUACCGGUGACAUCUCCGGCAUGCCUGGGGCCGCUGUGGCCAUCAGCAACUGCGAUGGACUGGCUGGCCUGAUUCGGACAGACAGCAACGAGUUCUUCAUCGAGCCCCUGGAGAGGGGGCAGCAGGAGACAGAGGAGCAUGGGAGAGCCCACGUGGUGUACCGCCGGUCAGCCAUCCGGCAGGAUGGCGCUGAGCCCCAUGAGGACCUCCACCCUGAAGCGCCCGGUGUGCGGGUGGGUGAUCUCCCCAACUCUCUGGAGCUCAUGACGGAGCAGCUGGGGGACGUGGAGCGCAAGAGGCGCCAUGCCAGGAAGGACGACUACAACAUCGAGGUCUUGCUGGCAGUGGACGACUCGGUUGUACGCUUCCAUGGGAAGGAGCAUGUCCAGAACUACGUCCUCACCCUCAUGAACAUAGUCCUGAACCAGCUCCUUCCUGAGCUGGAGAGCCUGGAGGGCAAGCCCCUGUGCACGCUGCGGGGCCGCUGGCAGGCGCAGGGGGGCACCUGCCGCCCUUUCCGUGGGGAAUUCGUGUAG